UUUUCUGCGGUACUGCGUCAUCACACGAUUUUUAGAUUUUUUAAAAUAAUAAAAUAAGGAUACUUCAUUGACUACUCGUUCCGGUCAUCACCGCUAGAUGGCGCGGCCGGAUCUGCAAUCAUUCGUUUUCCGUGUGUUGCGUCAGUUCACGCGCACUCCGUAAAAAUUAAAUGUUUUACGGUGAAAUAAAGUGGUUAAGUUGGUUUUUAGUGGUGUGUUUUAGUGAAAAAUGGGAAAAAGAACCAAGGAUAAGACAAAUGAAGAAAUUGAAAGGAAAAUUAGACGCCUGGAAAGGGAAUUAUAUUCACGAAAAACAUGGACGCCCACGCCAAAUUUUCUUCCGAACGAAGAUCGUGACGACUCUUCCUAUAAUUUCCGAGGUGAAGUGGAGCUUGACGUGUACCCUUUCGGCGACGAAAAUGAGACACCUGAGUCUUUACAUACGGUUGCCGAAGUUCAUGCAAAAAAUACAUGCCUUCCUCCUGAAGUUAUGGCGGAAGAUUCGCAACAUAUUCCAGACAACGCAAAAUCAGUGCUAGACUCAGAUAUGAUAACAGAAGAAUCAGUCCCUGAAGAAAUCAUGCAGAUACUUGGUGAGGCUAAGAAAACAGAAGAGAUCUUCGGAAAGAAAAUUCCGCAAGGAGUCUCUGAAAAAUUGGGAAAAAUCUUGGUCGAGGGUCUUGCCAAAGAACAAAAGGAAAUUUUACUUACCCAAAAAUUAAUAAUACCAGAGAAUUUUCAGCUGGUGAAGGCGCCCAAACUAAAUCCAGAAGUGGCUUCAGUACUUACCGACCCAGCUAAAAAUAGAGACAAACGGCUUGAAAAGCUUCAGAACCAAUUAGGUUUGGGUAUAGCGGGUCUAGUUAAUUUGACAACGGAAUUAAUCAAUAAGGAGGUUGAUAAGAUGGCUAUAAUUAAGAAAAUAUCAGAAGUGAAUCAAAUACUUCUUGAUCUCCACUAUGAGGAGACAUUGGGUCGUAGACGAUUAAUUAUUCCUAUGUUGGAUAACAAAUUUAUUAAUAUUAUACAAAGUGUGAAACGCGACCAAUUUCUUUUUGGAGAUAAUUUGGGUGACAAUAUCAAGACGUCUAAAUCCAUUGAAAAAUCAAGUCUUCAGAUCAAAAAACCAGCUCCUCCACAGCCACCUGCCAACUGAAAACCUUUAGCCCAGACGGGAAACUCGCGAGCUCCGGUCCGCCGUGCGAGCGGGCCCAGUGCAGCGCGCGCUCAGCCGCCGACGUCGCGAUAUUACCCCGAGCCGCCGCCGCCCGCCAGGAGGGCCCCGGCCCCGCCGGCGCGCCGCGCUCCGCCGCCACCAGCCCCGAGGCGAUACUCGCAGGACUAUCGCAGCCGCCGUCGCUAGAGAAGGUACCUUUUGCUGGCCGUAUUCGACACUUUCUUACCAAUUGGUUAUAUGUAACAACUGACCCCCAAAUUUUGGAAAUAGUUAGUGGAUACAAGAUUAAAUUCAACCAAAAACCUGUUCAGACAAACGAACCUAGUAAUCCGCCUUAUUCGAGAACUCACAUGUUAGAGUCUAUAAAAAAACUUAAACAUAUGGGUUCAAUUGUUCUAUGUUCACCAUGUAAAGGUCAAUUUAUAUCCCCAAUUUUUUUAAUACCAAAAAGUAAUGGUUCCUAUAGAUUUAUUCUUAAUUUAAAAAACCUUAACAAAUUUGUUCAACAACAACACUUUAAAAUGGAAGAUGUCCGCACUGCUACUAAAUUGUUAUCAAAUAAUUCAUAUAUGGGGACCAUUGACCUUCAGGAUGCCUACUUUGUUAUUGCCAUUCAUAUGUCCCAUAGAAAGUAUCUACGCUUUCGUUUUGAUAACGAGUUAUACGAAUUCACCUGUCUGCCCUUUGGAUUGUGUUCGGCUCCUCUCGUUUUUACGAAAUUGAUGAAACCUGUACUUACUUAUUUGCGUACUUCACAACAUAAAAUAGUAGGGUAUAUCGACGAUUUAUGGUGCAUAGCAGAUUGUUAUAACUCGUGUAUCAAAACAUUAACAGAAGUAAUGCAUAUCUUAGAAUUACUGGGAUUUAUAAUUAAUUAUGAGAAAAGUUGUUUAGUGCCUACUAAAAAGUGCAAGUUUUUAGGUAUUGAUCUUAAUUCACAAAACAUGACUUUAGAAUUGCCUACCGAAAAACGUAAAAAAAUCUAUGAUUUGGUUAGAAACAUAUCAAGUAAAAAGUCAAUAAAAAUUCGAGAAUUUGCUAAGUUUUUAGGUAAUUUGACGGCAGCCUGUCCAGCUGUAUCUUAUGGCUGGUUAUACACCAAGCGUUUUGAGAGGGAAAAAUAUUUAGCCUUGUUGGAUUUCCCGGAUUAUGAUGCCAAAAUGGAUAUAAAACCUGAAUUGUUACAGGAUUUUUUUUGGUGGGAAAAAGUUAUCAAUUAUGUAGAUAAUCCUAUUCGCACUGGACAUUUUCAAUAUGAAAUAUUUUCAGAUGCCUCACUUUCUGGAUGGGGACUAUUUUGUAAUGGACAGUCAGUCAAUGGAUUUUGGUCAUAUGAGGAAAAUCAAUAUCAUAUUAAUUAUUUAGAGUUAUUGGCCGCUUUUAUUGGUUUAAAAUGCUUUUGUAAAAAUUUGUACAAUGCAGAAAUCCUAUUACGAAUAGACAACACUACAGCCAUUUCCUACAUUAACAGAAUGGGUGGAGUACAAUAUCCCCAUCUAAAUGACAUAACCCGUCAAAUUUGGCAGUGGUGUGAAGAAAGAGGAAUUUUCAUUUUUGCAUCAUACAUCAGGUCCUGUGAUAAUAUUGAAGCAGAUCAGGCCUCAAGAUUGUCAAAUAUUGACACCGAGUGGGAAUUACAUGAAUCCUGUUUUCAG